GCUUUAAAUAUUCAUUGUCAUUUCAUAAUCACUGUAUGUUCUUUUUUGAAAGUGUAUUUCACAAAAGCUACUACCUUAUUUUUGUACCACACACAGAUCAUUUUCAUGUUAUCACAUUUUUAUUACUUUUUUGUUUUUUUUCUUUUCUUUUCUAGUGACAUAAUCACAAUUCAACCAUAAUUUCAUCUUAGCAGAUUAAUAAUUUCCAUAUUCAAUAUGAUGACCUCAGAGGAAUCCGACUCUUUGAGUACUAUACCUUCGGAUGGCCAUCCCGAAGAUGCAUCAGCAUCAGGAACAGAAGAAGCUCCAUCAUCUAUGGUAUCAAGUGAGGCGGAGUCAGAUGGUAGCGUGCUCUCCGAACCACAUCGUCACGACUCCGACAAUGUGUUAAACCAAACAGACACCAUAAUGGACCAAGCUCAAAGUUCCCAAGAUAAAACCUUCGGACCCUCCGACAUCCGAGCCGUCGGGAGCACUCUAGCAUCUCUAGUUUCAACUAGAGGCUCGAUGCUGCCCUGGGGUCCCAAUAAAGGCACAAUGGUACCAACAGCAGACACAGAUCUGAGACCAGGGGAAUAUGUAAUGCGUCUUUUGUUCACCGAAUUCACAGUACAAGCUGAAAGAAAAAUGGAAGCCGUUAUGGCUGAACCAUUGGAAAAACCACUAAACAAGACCCUGCAAAGAGGUGAAGAUCCACAACUAGAUCAGAUCCUCUCUGCCUUUGGCACAGUUGCAGAACAUUGCUUGCCAUCUCUACUGAGAGCUUUAUUCGGCUGGCUUGAGAGGCAAAUGGCCGAGUCACCACAGUUAAAUGAACAGGCCAAGAAACCUCACCAGGAUUUGAGAAAUAAGAGUAUAAUUUACAUAGUCUCCGGCAGCGGUGCUGGUACAGAACAAGUAGAACGUAGCUGUGAAGAACUCCAAGCAGAGAGACGGGACUUAGCGGUCGAGUUUCUCUUCUGUCUCGCUCUGAUAGAAGUGUUACGUCAGCUACCGUUUCAUCCAGGACAUGAGGACUUAGUACAGUACAUUGAGAAUGUGGCCUUCAAGAGAUUUAACUAUAAGGAAGGAUUGCAGUCAAAUCCAAAUGCAGCGAAUGUGCACAUAAUAGCUGAUUUGUACGCAGAAGUUAUUGGCGUUCUAGCUCAAUCGCGUUUUGCAUCCGUGCGGAAGCGUUUUACCGCAGAAUUGAAGGAACUAAAAAGUCGAGAACCUUCCCCACACACAACCCAAAGUAUAAUAUCAUUGCUCAUGGGUAUGAAGUUCUUCAGAGUAAAGAUGGUGCCCAUAGAAGAGUUCGAGGCAUCUUUUCAAUUCCUACAAGAAUGCGCACAGUACUUUCUAGAAGUCAAAGAUAAGGACAUACGACAUGCUCUAGCUGGACUGUUUGUUGAGAUUCUCGUACCAGUCGCUGCGACCGUUAAAAAUGAAGUAAACGUACCAUGUCUAAAGAACUUCGUGGAAAUGCUGUACAGCCACACUCUAGACACGAGUACCAAAUCGAAACAUCGCUUGGCGCUGUUUCCUCUCGUGACUUGUCUAUUAUGCGUGUCUCAGAAACAGUUUUUCUUAGCGAACUUACAUUGUUUCCUCGCUAUGUGCUUGUCACAUCUGAAGAACAGAGAUCCAAAGAUGUGCAGAGUUGCGCUUGAAUCGCUAUAUCGCCUGCUCUGGGUAUAUAUGAUCAGGAUCAAGUGUGAGAGCAAUUCGGCGACGCAGUCUCGACUGCAGAGCAUCGUGAACUCUUUGUUCCCCAAAGGGUCCAAAGGAGUGGUACCACGUGAUACUCCGUUGAACAUAUUCGUUAAAAUCAUACAAUUCGUCGCACAAGAACGACUAGACUUUGCAAUGAGAGAAAUAGUCUUUGAUUUGCUAAUGGUGGGACGACCAAUUAAGAUAAUAUUGACUCCGGAAAGAAUGUCUAUCGGCCUACGAGCUUUCCUAGUAGUGGCAGAUAGCCUCCAGCAGAAAGAAGGAGAGCCUCCAAUGCCAAGGACUUCCGGAACUUUACCUUCAGGAAAUACUCUGCGGGUUAAGAAGACAUUUCUCAAUAAAAUGCUUACGGAUGAGACUGCACGCUCUAUAGGAAUGAGCGCAUAUUUUCCCUACGUUAGAAGGGUUCUAGUAGAAAUACUAAGGGCACUGGAUGCGCAUUAUGGCAGACCACUGAUGCUUACUAACACUCAGAACGUGACAAAAGAACAGGAGAUUAAUACUGGUGAAAGAAAACCAAGAAUUGACUUGUUUAGGACUUGCGUUGCGGCUAUACCAAGGUUAAUACCAGAAGGUAUGAGUCCAAAUGAACUAGUGGACCUUCUCUGUCGACUAACAGUGCAUAUGGACGAAGAAUUACGAGGACUUUCCUUUCAAAGCUUACAAACACUCAUUGUUGACUUUCCUGAAUGGCGGCAGGACGUUUUAGCUGGAUUCACGCAGUUCCUAGCAAAAGAAGUUCAGGACACAUCUCCACAAUUAGUGGAGAACGGUCUCAGGAUGCUGUUACAGCUGGUUACUAGUUGGAAGAAUGGUGAGCCUAGCGCUUCGCCCCCCAAGCCGGAGCCUCUCGCCUCUGUCAUUAGAGGCGCCGAAGCCCUAGGCCUUGUGAUGCUGUGCCAGAGCAAAGCGUAUCCGAGACGCUUGGCUGUACAUAUAUUGAGGGAAACUAAAUAUUUACUCGAGAGACUACAAUUAACAAGAGACGAACCAGCGCUGAUAGACGCAGCGGAUGCCCAUGUACCCUACUUCACUGAGAAGUGUCUCCCAAUCUUACCCCCGGCUGAAAAGCAAGCCAUACUAGCGGCUGGACAGCCCGACUUAGUAUGGGUUGCAGAAAGAAGCCAUGCUGUUUGGACCGCUGGUCUACAACAUGACGAAACAUCAUCAAAGAAUAGUUGGAGCGGCAGUUCUACCAAUGGAGCUGAUCCUUGGGAGGUGGUACUCUUUGGCUUACUCGAGAGAAGUCGCGUGCCCGCACAAUGUCCCGCAACCGUACUACAAGCGUGGCCAAUACUUCACGCUAGGAUACACGCACUAUACACAAUAAUUGAACCAGCACCGGUGAACGACAAUCGCGCAUCUCUCCUCUCUCGCAGUCCCGCUUUACCGCGGAAGCCCGAGAAAGAAAGAGAUGGCUAUAUGCAAGUAUGGAAGUACUACAUGACAAUGGCAUAUUUAGUAGUACCAGCCGUCCCGAGUCCAAUCAUACGAUGUGCCAGUCCCGACUUGAGUCUAAGCGCGGAGGGCUGGGUGCCCCCGGCCGCUCUCAGUUCGUCCAGCGAGAGCCUGAACGCGCCCGGCGGCUUCUUCACGCUGCCCUUGAGCUAUGCCCGCUCCCACAGGCAGCACAAGCGAACGAGCGCCCUCUUCCUACCUGCGUGUCCGGAGACGCUGUUUGGCUCGUCACCGGACUCGCUAAGCGAGCGCAGUGGAGGGGAAGCUCGCGGCGCGCACGCAGCUCCCGCGUCGCUUCACAAGCUCGCUGUGCCUCUGGCCCGCUGUGAGGUCCCUGAGGUCAGGGACGCCGCUGUAUAUGCCUGUGGACAUAUCAAUCCGGACGCUCUCAAGGAUUUAUUCGAAGAACUGAUACCGUUGCUCCGAGAGGCGGUCGAUCGCAAGCAAGAGAACAUGAGGAGACGUAGACGCCGCGACGCUUUACGACUUCAUCUAAACAAGAUGCUUCUCAUCAUAGCUCAGAGGAAGACCUUCGCGACGAGUUCGUACGCGUUGGAAAGUGGAGGAUUACACUCGAGCAUCACAGAGUACCUUGAAGGGGUGAGACAGUGUCUCGAAGUGGAGGCUGAGAAAGACGCGCCAGCGGCACGGGAGCAACGUCUCACAUUUGCUGACUUCGUCACUGAACUCAUCAAGAGUUUUCCACUGGAGAUGUACGGCACGCUGUUGAAAAGGGAAUUGUGCAAGAGUCUCUUCGGUUUGUUUGCGGGAUGGUGUGGGCCUUUGGCAAAGCACCUCGGAACCCUAGAGCCGCAACCGCAGACCCCUGAGAUCGAUGACCGGUUGAACCUCGCUGCUUUGAAGGCGAUGAGUGCUUUAGUCUGCUGUGGGCCUUGCUUCGCUCCCGCUGCUCUUGCGGAAGAUGGUUCGCUGUAUCCAUGGCUUAGUGAGAUGUUAUCCUCCACAAAUGACAAGAUAUACGAGUUAGCUAGGGAGACGAUAGUGCUCCUACUGGACUGCAACCCAGACAUCGGUCCACUGCUGGACUGGACCGUGGACAAAUGCUUCACCGGACCGCCGAGGGUUGCCGACGGUUGUUUCAUGGCGCUUGCGACUAUCUUCAGUGCGAGGGAGUACCCGUGCGACCACUACACGGCCAUAAUCAACGUAACGCUAAUGUGCACCGGCUGUCCAAGGGCGCCGGUGCACGAAAGCGCUUUACAGCUCUUACAACUGCUCGACAAGCGCUUCUUCGGCACCGUCGGACCCUUGCCAGCCGACGACGAGAACGCGUCGGAGAAAGGUCGAGGCACGCUCGACGUACUGCUCUGCACUACCUACUGUCGGUCGCAGCUCUACUUGUCGAGACAGCUCUCCCAGCUUCACCCGGAACUUACGAUGCCGAUGUUCUCAGAGAUAACAGCGCGGUUCCAGACCGCUAGGACGGAAGUACGCCAGCUGCUCCUCCAGUAUCUAUUGCCUUGGCUCGUGAACAUCGAGCUGGUUGAUCCCAACGUGCCGCCAGCCAAUCCUCUAUCCUACAUACAGUACUACGCGACUGAAGCGGGCCGCACCAGCAGGCGAGAAGGACUCGGCUCGGUGGAGGCUACAGAGAUGGUCCUUAACAAUCUCUUCUACAUCACUGUCAAGUUCUCCGACAAUCAUCCGAAAGAAAUCGAGGAGCUGUGGUCGACGCUGUGCGCCUGCUGGUCGAACAACCUCAAGGUCAUCAUCAGAUACCUCAUAAUUGUCUCAGGGAUGGCACCGAACGAACUACUGCCAUACGCGAAACGCGUCGUACUCUACUUGGCGCGAUCAAGACCCGAGCGUCUGUUAGAUGAGAUGAUGACUGAACUUCAAACCGUCGAGACACUGAACUGUCUCAUUGAGAGGACCGAGACACCUCCUUUCUACCGGCUCACGUCGAUGAGGAAAGCCACGUCUGGCCACAGCGAUGGACCGGGGACUGGUUCACAGGACGCAACGGGUCGCACGGGGGAAUUAGCGCCCGUGGAGAAAGGCACCAUACACACCAAGCGACACAGCGGAGAGGACCCGACGAAAACAUCAAGCGCUAAGACCGACUUGCCCCGAAUGGGCCCGGCGGACAAGCGCGCGUCUGCCCCACCUUGCCCCACGCCUCCAGCCGACGAAGACCCAACACCACCCUCUGAUGGGGACGCAACACCGACGGGAAUGUGUGGAGAGUCGGGUGGCGCGGCUAGUGCGCCCAGUACGCCUCAGGAGCCACGCGUUGACCUCCCACAGCCUCGACCGUUACCGAUGCCGGAGUACGGAGGCUUCUUCGCCCUGCUAACAGAGUAUUUGCCGGAUACCAACCAGCCAGUCUCCGGAUUCCAUCGAUGCAACGUGGCAGUAAUGCUGCUCUGCGAUGUAGUGUUGGACGGAGUGGAACUCGACUGGUCUAUCCACGUGCCUCUGAUGCUGCAUAUCGUGUUCCUGGGCAUGGAUCAUACUAGGUGGAUAGUUCACCAACACUGCCGGCAGCUGUUGCUCAACCUGUUGGUAGCAGUGGCAGCUCACCACGAUCACUUGACCAUCGCCAGAAUAUUACUGGCGGCCCGGUCUGCGCAACUCGGUCUCGGGCAACCACCGCCGCCCUUACCACUCGUACCACACAACUUUACUGAGCCAGACGCAGUGUUCGACAACUUCCCCCAGUGCCCUCACUCGCCGCGUUCGCACGUUCGAUCUGUAUCUUCCGACCCGCAAGUCACGCCCGAAGGUGAAACCGAUAAUUACCCGUCCCUACCAGUGAUAGUCACGGGUGAAGCGGAACAGGAACCGGAAGCGGAGCCCGAAGCGCCGCCAGCAGAGAUGCCAGUCGCUGACGUCAUUAAAUCCAUGGUACACUUCCUAGCGAGUCGGCCGACUCAUAUGCCGCUUUGGCAGUAUGAGGACAUCACUGCCAAAGUGUGGAGUCUCCGCAGCUGUCAACAGAUGGCGACACUGCUACGUCAUGCGUUACGAAUAUUUCGAGAAUCUCUUCCCCACGCCCUAAUAUCGGAGCGAUGGGCCCAAACAGCCUUGCAACUCGGACUAUCGUGCCCGUCUAGGCAUUACGCUGGAAGAUCUUUGCAGGUAUUCCGUUUCAUCGGCGUAGCUAUGACUGGAAGGAUGGUAUCAGAUAUCCUGUCUCGUCUUGUUGAAACUGUUGCGGAACAAGGCGAAGACAUGCAGGGUUACGUCACAGAACUCCUCCUAACCCUGGAGGCGGCUGUGGACUCCCUAGAAUCGAACUUUAGACCGCUGGACUACAUGCGUGACAUAUUCAAGAGCACUCCGAAUUUGAACAAUAAGGAUGGUGGGCAGCAACCUAAUGGCAAUGUUUAUGCGGCAGGUAAAAGAUCGCCAGGAGUCUGUGUUGGUUGCGUUAGUAACCACACCCGCAGUACGAGCUACUCGGUCUCAUACUGCGUGCGUAAGAGCAACGCGCCGCCUUCCACAGAGAAACAACCGCACGAGCCUCGGGCUAGACCAUGCGAAUCGACAAAAGGCGUAUGUUCGAAUUUAUGUCGCUCCCGUUCCGCACAAUCUUUGAAACUUUUGGGCGAUACUGCAACACAGGAUGACAAGCUAACGAUCCUGGCAACGCUGUUUUGGGUCGGAGCGUCUCUCCUCGAAUCCGACUACGAACACGAGUUCCUACUGGGAGUAAGAUUGCUAUCCCGGGUCAUGGCUCGGCUACCCUUGGACCGUCCGGACGCAAGAGAGCGACUGGAUCGCACUCAGGCCCAUGGGACCCACGGCCCUUCGUCGCUACACUCAUUAUUGCUUAAGGGUUGCACCCACCCAAAUACAUAUGAACCGGUAGUGGGCGUGAUGGUAGACAUGAUCCCACUGCUGGAGUUGCCGGUCAUAGACCCCACGCAAUCGCUCGCCUUCCCUAUGACCGUGGUCGCUUUAUUACCUUACAUGCUGUUGCACUAUGAAGAAGCCAACGAAUUGUGCGUACGCGCCGCCUGUCAUAUUGCACAGUUUACGUCAGAGAAGAGCAAGAAGCUGGAGAACCUUGGAACGGUGAUGACGCUGUACUCGAGACGCACAUUUAGUAAGGAAAGUUUCCAGUGGACAAAGUGCGUGGUCAAGUACUUAUGGGAUACCUACUCUCAUCUCUCGCUUCAGAUGCUGGCUUUUCUCGUCGAGGUUCUCGAGAAGGGCGCCGUGAAUCUCCAACUGCCCGUACUGUCCAUACUCCACUGUAUGCUUUACUACGUGGAACUGAACGCACCCGCAGCACAACCGGUCAACGCUGACCUACUACGAGCGGUGGCCAAGUUCAUCGACCAAGAUGGAAACAACUACAAAGAGGCGAUGAAAAUCUUGAAAUUAGUUGUGACACGUUGCUCCACCCUCGUGGUACCGCCGCACUGGGACCACGCUUCCUCUGUACUGGAUACCGACUUACACGGGAAAAAGGAGCUUCCGGGUCGGACGAUGGAUUUCACUUUCGAUCUAUCCCAGACGCCGGUGAUUGGUCGCAAAUAUUUGCCCAAAAGUGGGAGCCAUCCCGCCACUGGACCAAGUUCGCUCUCUAACGCAUCUAGUUCUACUCCUGACAAAGGCUCGUCGUCGGGCUCGGCGGCGACGGUGGUGGGCGCGGAGGCGGGCGCGGGCGCGCCGCACUGCGCCGCCUCGCCGCGCCGCUCGCUGUCGCUGUCGCCCGCGGACGUGGCGUCCGGCUGGAAGCGGCCCUGGAUGUCGCAGAGUCGCGUUCGUGAAUGCCUCGUCAAUCUCCUAACAACGUGCGGCCAACGAGUGGGUCUACCGAAAAGUCCAUCUGUGAUCUUCAGUCAGAGCUCGGAGUUGUUAGAGCGCGAGUCGUCGAUGGCGUCGUCACUGGAGGAAGUUUCUGGAACGCCAGGCAACGAGCCGUCCGGAGGCGCGCCGCCCACUGACCACUUCGGUGUCUUCAAAGAUUUCGACUUCUUGGAGUACGAGAGUGAGAGCAUAGAGGGCGAGAGCUCGGACAAUUUCAACUGGGGUGUCCGCCGUCGACUACUGAGUGAGGAACGAGAAGAGGGCGGAGCUCCUGAACGCAGCCCUCCGCCGCAACGGAGUAGGCCGCUGGAACACAGUGACCACGCGCACCACACUAAGACUGGUCAAGAGGACUCCUCGGACGAGGAAGGUGGUUGGGAGGAAGGCGCGCGCGGGGAGGGGGGAGACGGUGAUGCGGGCUCUGCGCACGAGUUGGCUUUGCGGGCUCGUGCGCACUCGCUCUCUAGCGCGUCUAGUGGAGAGCCUGACGGUGAAAUAUUUGACUUUACAUAAAAUUUGUCCGAGCGCGGCGACGUGACGCCGGUGCCGGGCGCCGUGUUGUCCGCGAGCUCCGCGGGCGCGGCGGUGCGUGACGCGUGGCGCUCGUCUGUGGCGGCGCUGCUGAGGCACGCCGCGCACUCGCCGCCGCUCGCGCUGGUGCACCGCCUGCACACCGUGCUCAAGGAGGUAACAUCGAAGACGAUUUCGGUCUGUGGCGAAGGCGCCUUACUAUCCGGCUCGGGAGGAUCAAGUGGGGCAGGAGAACUCGCCGCGGUAUUAGAACGACUUAGUUCGGAGGAACCUGCCUUGUUAUGGGUAGGACCUUUAGCGGCAGACUGUGCUAGAGUACGGGACGCUGUCCGGUACGCAGCGCUGGAAAUUAACGAGCAUCUUGAAACGUACUUCGAUAGACGGGAACAUGCUUUGGAGACUCUGGAGCUGUCUCGAAACGCAGAGGAAACAGGACGCUGCCUGUACAAGCUUAUCUUCCAACUAUUACUGCUUCUCGAGACCAACAACAAGAUGGUAGUCGCCGUUUACCAUGCGGCGCUUGACAAUCGGGGCGUGGAGAUGAGCGCGGCGGUGGCGGCGGUGCGCGGCGCGCUGGCGGCGCACGCGGCGGACUCGUGGGGCGAGCACUCGCCCGCGCCGCACGACGACGCGCGCCUGCUCGGGCUCAUGCAGCGCCAGAGGUGGGGAGCGGCGCUAGCGCUGGUACGGGAACGUAAUGCGGAGCGGAUCUUGGAGCGUGGAGAACUUCCUGAGGACGACAUCACGAGCCUAUUGCACGUCUAUUGCAAGGGACUCGCGCAAGCGCAUCCUGACAUGGUAGCGAUCACUCGUCCAGUCAACGAACUCUCCCAGAACCUGUCGUUUAUGAUGGAGAGCCUGUACAAAGCGUCGGUGUCGCUGCAACGCCAGGAAUUCGUCUGA